AUGUUUUUCUACCUAAUUGGGACAAUUGUUAUUGCGGCUGUUUUUGCCUGGUUGACAGGCAUUCUUGGCUUGAACUCUCACUCACAUGCCAAGACGCCGGUGAAGACUACGAUAACGGAGACGAAGGUGUCAACAGAGCGAAAAGAAGUCUGCGUUUUAUUCGGGAGUCAAACGGGGACGGCGGAGAUGUUUGCAAAGACGCUUGUGCGGGAGGGGACACGACUGGGGGUUCCUAUAAGAAUUUGUGAUACGGAGAACUACGAGGGGCACGACCUUGAAUACGAGCAUCUUGUGAUCAUUAUCUGCUCCACCUACGGCGAGGGAGAACCCACGGACUCGAUGAAAGCAUUCCACGACUGGUUGAUGGAUGACAGCCGCACCCCCGAUGAGGAGCUGCGAAAUGUCAAGUACGCCGUAUUCGGCUUGGGCGAUCGCCAAUACCGUUACUUCUGUGAGGAGGGCAUUGUGGUGGAUCGUCGCAUGGCGGAGUUGGGGGCGCAGCGUAUAUAUGGCCUGGGCUGUGGCAACGCGGGGCAAAAUAUUGAGGAAGACUUUGAUGAGUGGCAUCGUGACUUGUGGCCGGCGGUGAGUCGCGUGCUCGGCAUUGAGUUGCGUCAACACGCGGAGGAGCCGAUGGAGCCGGCGUGCCGCAUGAAAGUGUGGGAGCCAUCCGAGGAGGCGUCCCUCCCGUUCCCAAAACUUGCUUCCGUAUUGGAGCCAACCCAACGCCUUCCGGCGUGGGCGCCGU